AUGGAUCGCGAGCUAGAUUCGAUGUCCAUCACCGUUGCGAGGGAGGUUGUGGCAGCGAGCGACGAGGAUCUGCCAUCACGAAGGGUGCGAAAACCAUCUGCAAAAGUCCGACUAAACCAGACUCCCCAAGAGAUAAUCGACAAUGCGACCGACGGAGCGACGGAGACUGCUGAUGGUAGCCGGCGGACGGCGACCACGCGAGCCGCAACCUUGGCCAAGGAACGCGCGAAACCUAUAGAGGAUGACGACAAGGGACUGCUCCUGACGAUGGGCAAGCAGGUUAAAGAGCUACACACAGCGGUCAAGAUCAUGUUCGAUGCGUGGAAGAAGUCAGAAGCAUGGAAUAAGAACGUCGAGGCAGAGCUUCGCGUGGUCUACAACGAAAGCGCCAAGACGAACGAGAACCUUGAAGCAAUCGCGGCAGUGGCUGCGACGCGGAACAGCCCAAGUGCGUCGUACGCGGACGCCGCGCGAAGCGGCUUAGGCGGGCAAGGUCGCGACUCGCGGGUAGCUACGCUGGGCAACGCGACGCCGCCGAGCCGCAGCGACCCUCUAUUCUGUACGAUCGACACAUCAAGAGUUGAUGAAAUGAGCGACAAGCCCAACGCAGGUCGGAUCCGGGCUGCGGUGGAGAAGGAACUGCGCGCUAUGGACGGACAGAGUAGCUGGCGCUGUCGGGCCAUCACAGUGGACCCAAGGAAUGCGGAUAGGAUUCGGAUCAUUUGUCGCGACGAUGCUGAACAUAGGCUUGUCAAGCAGAUCGCGGAGAAGAGCUUCGGUCCCGGCACACGAGUUCUACAGGACGAACUCUACCCCGUGAAGAUCGAUAACGUGAAGAGAUGGACGAGAAGGAUAUCUUGGCUGAGCAAGAAAGACAUGCCCAAGGCGUAUGGGUCCAUGGUCGUGUUCGUGACCAAGGCCAGUGAUGCGCGUAGACUGAUCUCCGAGGGCUUCUUCCACGUUGGAGGAGAGUCCGGCACGACGAUGGCGUUUGAGCGGCGGCCACGUCCUCAACAGUGCUACAACUGCCAGCAGAUUACCAGGCACAAGGCCUAUCAGUGCGCAAACCCCCAGGCCGAGGUCCACGAGAGUUUGAUGAAUGACGAGGCGCUGCGCGACUUCACGGCCAUAGCGGUGCAGGAGCCAUGGGCGUGGAGGAUAGAAGGUAAGGCCAUUACUGUUCCGAUGGGACAUAGCAGGUGGACGAGGAUGGUACCGACGGAGUGGAGGGACGAAGGAAGAUGGGGAAUCAGGAGUUUGCUGUGGGUGAACAACGAAGUAGGGGCGGAACAGGUGUCGAUAGCGUCCUCGGAUAUUACUGCGGCCGUUGUUCGGCUUCCGGAUCGAAGGCUGCUGGUGGCGUCGGUGUAUGUGCCGGUGCAGAAGCCGGAGAUGCUGCGGCAGGCGUGCGACCUGCUGAAGCAAGCCAUCACGAAUGUCCGAGGAGGAACAGGCGAAAGGGUGGACGUGGUUCUGGUAGGAGACUUCAACUGCCACGACUACCUGUGGGGAGGUGACGAUGUGUCGGAGGGCCGGCAAGGCGAGGCGGACCCGAUCAUCGAACUGAUGAGCGAGUACUCGCUCCGCAGCCUCCUUCCGCGUGGCACGAAGACGUGGGAGAAGAACGAUGCGGCAAUGACGAUCGACCUAUCCCUCGCGUCCGAAGAGCUAGCAAGAACGGUGGUACGAUGCGCCCUGCACGAGACAGACCACGGGUCGGACCACCGGGCGAUCGAGACGACCUUCGACAUUGCCGCGCCUGAGAUGGAAAGCCGACCACGGCUCCUCCUCAAGAACGCUCCAUGGAAGCAAAUCAAUGAGAGAGUAGAAGCAAACCUAGGGCGAAUGCCAACAGGAGGUACAGUGCAGCAGCAGACAGAUCGACUGAUGUCUGUGGUGUGCGAGGCAGUAGAAGCACUGACCCCCAAAGCCAAGCCAUCUCCGUAUGCGAAGAGAUGGUGGACGGCCGACCUCACACAGCUCCGGCAGAUCCACACUCACUGGAGGGACCGGGCGAGGGCGGAGAGAAGGGCAGGUAACACCCAAUUCGAGCUGGAAAAACGCGCCCGCUCGGCAGCCAAGCAAUAUCACGACGCCAUCCGACAACAGAAGAAGAGCCAUUGGGAGGACUUUCUGGCCGGCGACACAAAAAUCUGGAAGGCCGCGAAGUAUCUCGACGCCAGUAAAGGGGCAUCUUUCGACAAGAUCCCCCACUUAAAAAGAGCCGAUGGUUCCCAAACGGAAGACGCCGCAGAGCAGGCCGAAGAGCUGCUUUCCACAUUCUUCCCUCCUCUUCCCAACACGAUUGAGGGGAGGGGGAGCGAGAGACAGCUCUUUGCGGCGAAGCCGUGGAAAGCACCCGGAGAGGACGGUCUGCCGGUGGCGGUGUGGAAGCACACAAGGCCGGUGGUGAAGGGGAGGGUCCUCUCACUUUUCCAGGACUCGCUAGAUGAAGGGACGCUGCCUCAGCAAUGGCGACACGCCAAAAACAUCCCGCUGAAGAAGCCAAACAAAAGCGACUACGGUGUGGCAAAGGCCUGGCGACCGAUCUCGCUGCUCUCGACGCUUGAAAAAGUGCUAGAGUCGGUCUUGGCAGAACGUAUCUCGCACGCGGUCGAGACGUUUGGCCUGCUCCCUACGAGCCACUUUGGCGCUCGCAAGCAGAGGUCGGCGGAGCAGGCGCUGGUACUGCUGCAGGAGUACAUCUACAGAGCGUGGAGGAAGAGAAAGGUGGGCACGGGGUAUGCCUGA